CCCAUAUGAAAGUCUAAAACCAAGUCAAACCCAAUUGUUUCAGGUAACAAAAAUUCAUAAUUACCCCAUAAAUAUCUAUACCUCUCAUCCGGUUAUCCGCCAUAAAUACCUCUCAUCUAGUUAUUCACCUCCUCAUGUUAUUGGAAUGAACAAAACUUUUCCCAAUUUCCAUGGUUUAUUGUGAGUAAGAACAGAGUAGAGGUGAGGAGUUUGUUGUGAGUAAGAACAGAGUAGAGGUGAAGAGUUCGGGGGAUUGAUUGAAUUUGUUACUCAAUUACUCAUUCGAGUAAACCAAUUUAUCGAGGAGAUGGAAGACGCAAGUGGGUCACGAGAGAUUAUAGAGAUCGAAGAAGAAAAGGAGGAAUUCAAACAAUUUGAUAUCGUUGUUGGAGACUACUCAGAUCAUCACUUCACCAAAUCAAAUCUUCCAAGCAAGAAAGUCAACAGCUUUAUCAAUCAGACUAGCAAGAGAAUCAUGCGUGAGUGGAAGAUCCUUGAGGAAAACUUACCCAAAUCGAUCUACGUUCGAGUCUAUGAAGGAAGAAUUGAUCUUUUAAGAGCCGUAAUCAUUGGAGCAUCUGGGACUCCUUACCAUGAUGGACUCUUCUUCUUCGAUUUCCUUUUCCCAGCUGAUUACCCUUCUCAACCACCAGCAGUUCACUACCACUCUUUUGGUCUCCGCAUUAAUCCCAAUUUAUAUGCAGGCGGGACUGUGUGUUUAAGCCUUCUAAAUACUUGGCCUGGAAAGAAGGAUGAGAGAUGGAACCCAUCUGAAUCAACAGUUCUACAGGUACUCCUCUCAAUCCAAGCUCUUGUUCUAACUGAGGAACCUUACUUUAACGAGCCUGGUCAUGGAAUCCUGCCUGGUAUCGAUUGGGACAAGAGGUCAUUGAUUUACAGUGAGAACAUAUUCGCAUUAUCUUGCAAGACAAUGUGGCACUUGCUACGGAAGCCUCCAAUGCAUUUUGAAGACUUCGUUGCAGCACAUUUUCGUGAGCGUGCACAGUUUAUUCUAAUGGCUUCUAAGGCUUAUAUGGAUGGUCUCGCAAAUGUUGGAUUUCUUGUGAGAAACGGGUCUCUCUCCUCUUCCUCUGCUACGGCCAACAAAUCGAAAAAAUUUAUGAUGGCAAUGGAGUGGCUUUAUCCAGCGCUCGUGAAGGCGUUCGAAAAGACUGGAGCUUCAGUGGGGAAAUUCGUCGAACAGGUAAAGGUAGAUAUAGAAGAAAUCGAGUCAAGACCUCGAACUGUGAGAAACAAGAAGGAAGGAUUUGCUAGGAAUAUUUUCAACAAAGUUAAGACGAUUUUAGGGUUUUUCAACUGCACUGCUUCUGGUUAGCACAAAAGGAAUUCUUGAAUAAGUGAAUUGUGAGAAAACACCUCAAGAAGGGAUGCAGGAUCUAAUUGGUCUUUUGAGAGCUUUUAAGGGUACUUUUGUCUUUCCAGUUCUCUCUCUCUCCUCCUCUGUUUAUUUUAUUUUAUUUUAUUUUUCUUUUC